AUGUAUAGGUAUCCUUUACUAGAUCUUUAUCUCGGUAGUAAAGCGUCUGCUACCAAAUCCAAGUACAGCCUUUACAGAGACAAGGGGCCAGAACUUAUCCAGAUGAUUCUUGAUGAAAACAGUCAGAGCCGGGCCGCCCAACUAGCAUCUGCCGUCACCCCCUCGCUGCCCCCGGGUGAGCUCGCUACAGCCCCCGACCCCCAGGUCCUGCGGCUGCCGCGCGAGCCCCCAGCGCCGGCGGGAGGCGCGGCCGGCACCUACCUGCAGCCCGGCUUCCUGGUGGCGGCAACACCUAGCGACGCUCCUGCAGCUUCCGCGGACCCGCGCCAGUCUUACCGCUCUCGCAUCGCUUCCAAGAUGCCAAUCCGCCGUUACCGUUCUGGGGCAUAG